CGGUCCAAUAAACACAAAGAUCGAUUCUGUUGGUGAUUGUAACUUUCAGAGAAUGAAAUCCCUCCAUUGCCAUAUCAGCACCUUCAUCUUCAUAUUCUUUCUGUUCUACCCUAUUCUCUCUCUAGCUAUUGACACCAUCACACCCACACAACCUCUCACCACCAAUCAAACUCUAGUCUCUAAUGGUGAAGUUUUCGAGUUGGGUUUCUUCAAUACAAGCAAUUAUUUGUAUAUAGGCAUUUGGUACAAGCAAAUUGAGCUGAGAACAAUUUUAUGGGUAGCUAAUAGAGACACCCCCAUUACUUCAUCGUCCGGGAGCCUAACCAUCGUCAACAACAGCAACUUGGUGCUUGUAAAUCAAAUGGGAGCUGUCGUCUGGUCCUCAAAUCAAUCUACGCAGGUGGUGAACACGGUGGCGCAGCUUUUAGACAACGGUAACUUUGUGCUUCGUCCAGAAAACGAUGAGAAUCCGGAGAAUUACAUUUGGCAAAGCUUCGAUUAUCCGACUGAUACUCUACUACCGGAGAUGAAACUGGGAUGGGAUAGGAAAUCCGGAAUCAAUCGGGUUUUGCAAUCAUGGAAGACAAACAACGAUCCGAAGACCGGUGAUUAUACUUUUAAAGUGAAUAUCAUUGGAUUCCCGGAGCUUUUAACAGUGAAGAAUGAAACAAUAAUUUGGCGAACUGGGCCAUGGAACGGGAUGAGAUUUAGUGGUGUACCAGCGAUGAAAGGGGUGAGUAUGAUGCAGUUUGAACUUGAGGAGAAUUCCGACGAGAUUAGUUAUUCAUUUGAAAUGCUGGAUAGUUCUGUUUAUUCGCGAUUGGUUAUAAAUUCUUCUGGUAUUAAUCAAAGAUUCGUCUGUGCUAAAUCAACAAAUACCUGGAGUGUGUUCUGGUCUUUCCCCGAUGAUUUAUGCGAUCAGUUUGGUGAAUGUGGUUCGUUCGGCAUUUGUGAUGCAAGCACUGCACCGAUCUGCAAUUGUACGACUGGAUUCCGGCCGAAAAACCAGCAAGCAUGGGAUCUACGAGAUGGGUUGGAUGGGUGUGUUCGGAGCUCAGACUUGGAUUGCGGAUCGGAUGGAUUUCUGUCAAUGAAUAAUAUGAAAUUGCCAGAGAGUUCGAACGUGUUUGUAGAUCAGACGAUGAAUUUGAGCGAGUGUGGUGCGAUUUGCAAGAAGAAUUGCUCCUGUGCUGCUUAUGCUAGUAUGAAUAUCACUGAAGGCGGGUCGGGUUGUGUAUUUUGGGUAGGGGAUCUUAUGGAUAUGAGGCAGUAUGCUGAUUCUGAAAAUGGAGGGCAAGAUCUUUACGUUAGAGUUGCAGCUUCUGAUUUACUUCAAUCAAUGGGCGUCGGAAGUUCCAAAAAUGGCUCCGGCAAUGGCAACCACGUUGGCAAAAUUGUCGGCAUCACUGCCAGUACUUGUGUGGUGCUCACAUUUCUACUUAUUCUCGUCUACUUGAAGAAGAAGAAAACAAGAAAUUUGAAAAAGUCAAUUAAUAGAAGAGGUCCGCAAGAAAGAACCGAAGACUUCUUGGUAAAUGAUGGGGCAAUUGUACCAAGUAGAAGAGAUUAUUACAGUAAAACGUCAAUGGAUGAACUUGAAUUACCCUUGUUCGAUUUUACGACACUUACUACCGCAACAAACAACUUCUCGGAUACAAAUAAACUUGGGCAAGGAGGGUUCGGGUGUGUUUACAAGGGUACAUUAACAGAAGGUGAAGUUGUAGCUGUAAAAAGGCUCUCAAGAAUUUGUGAGCAAGGGAUAGAGGAACUUAAAAAUGAGGUCCGAUUAAUUGCAAAACUCCAACAUCGAAACCUAGUUCGGGUAUUAGGUUGUUCUAUUGAGGUUAAAGAGAAGUUGUUGAUUUAUGAGUACAUGGACAACAAAAGUCUUGAUAUGUUUCUUUUUGACAAAGAGAAAAAUAUGAUACUCAGUUGGAAAAUCCGACUCGAUAUUAUACGUGGGAUUGCACGCGGGCUUCUUUAUCUUCAUCAAGAUUCAAGAUUUAAAAUCAUUCAUCGAGAUAUGAAAGCAAAAACAAAGAUAGUGGUUGGAACGUAUGGUUAUAUGUCACCUGAAUAUGCGAUGGAUGGUCACUUCUCCACAAAAUCCGAUGUUUUUAGUUUCGGGGUUUUGAUCUUGGAGAUAGUGAGCGGUAAAAGAAACAGAGGCUCGUCCAACACAAAUAGCCAACUUAACCUUCUUGGACAAGCAUGGAAGUUAUGGAACGAAGACAACUCUUUAGAACUACUAGACGAAUCUAUCACGGCCAAAUUUUCAGAAAAUGAAGUAUUAAGGUGCAUACAAAUUGGACUAUUAUGUGUUCAAGAACAAUCAGAAGAUAGGCCUGGUAUGGCAAAGGUGGUGUUGUUAUUGAGCAGUGAAACAGUACGGAUGCCUCGACCAAAACAUCCCGGAUUCUUUAUUAGAAAAUUAAACAACGAAAGCGAGUCUUCGAGAAAAUAUGAUGAUUUAGUGUCCAUAAAUGGAAUCACAAUAUCAAUACUAGAUGGUAGAUAGCGAAACUAUGAUAGUUACCAUCUAGCAUCAAUUAUCUAUCAUAUUUUCCUUUCUUCUUUGGUCCUUAAUUUAUUUUACGAUCCGAAAUUUCAUCGUGUAUCGUCUUAUUAGAAUGUUUUCAUUAGCUUCAUGGCUUGUUGUGAACUUCUUACUUAACGAAUAAUCUGAAUUUUACGAAC